AGGCUUCGGUCGGGAAAAUGGACCCAGCGAUGUUUCUGUAUGAUGUUCCACCAUCACUAAUGGACACAUUCUGUAAAAUUAUGGACACUGGCCAUGACACACUCGGAUGGAGAAGUUUAGCUUCACGCAUUUUACCUAGCUGGCUAGAUGUCCGAUGUACGGAGAGAGUCGCAGCUUCUGGCAAAAGCCCCACACACGAAAUCAUGUGGACGUGGGCGCAGCAGAACAAAACAGUCGGGGACCUUAUUCAGGUGUUGGAGGAUAUGGGGCACUUAAGGGCGAUAAGACUGUUUAAACGUCAAGAGUCUGUUGAUACUGCCCAGUCUCCCUUGCAGCACUCUGAGUCAUACAGUGAAGAAUCCAGUGAAUCUCAUCCAGGUUUCCAUUUGGAUGGCCUUAAAGAAGUUAAAAAAACAGGGGUCUUGAUCACUUACUCAGAAAUUAUAGAAGGAACUAGGAAUUUUCAUCAAGACCUGAAAAUUGGAGGGAGCUCCUUUUCAGAUGUAUACCGUGGGACUAAGGGAAAUGAAACCUUUGUCGUAAAGGUCUUUAAGCAGGUAAAUAAAGCUUCCUGGAAGGUGAUGUGGGACAAGUUCAAGACUGAAAUUGAAGUUCUUCAUCUUUACCAGCAUCCUAACAUCCUCCAGUUGUGGGGCUGCUUCUCAGAGGGGAAUCGUUUCUGUUUGGUUUACCCUUAUCUACGCCAUGGAUCGCUCUUCCAUAGGUUGCAUGAUCAGGAUGUUGAAAGGCAUCUGUCACGGCAGGAGCGUCUGGACAUCAUUAAAGGGACUGCAAAGGCUGUGCACUACCUGCACACAACACAGCCCUGCACUGUAAUAUGUGGCAACAUCACAAGUUCAAACAUACUUUUGGAUGAGCGCUUACAGCCGAAACUCUCAGACUUUGGAAUGGCUCACCUCAGACCCCAUUCUGUUAACCAGAGCUGCACUAUAACAAUGGAUACAGGCUCUUGUGGGCACCUGGGUUACCUGCCAGAUGAGUAUAUCCGUCAUGGCAAGCUAUCUGUCAAGGUGGAUGUCUACAGCUUUGGAAUGAUUGUCUUGGAGACAUGCACAGGUCAAAAGGUGAUACAAAAUUCUCCCAAGCACACAUUAUUGAGGGAUGUUUUGAAUAAAGAAGUGGAGGACAGAGGCAGUGUGGAUGCCUGUCUGCAUUUCCUGGACCCCAAAGCAGGCCCUUGGCCCAGUGCUGAAGCCCUCUGUCUGUUACGACUGGGACUGGAGUGCACAGCUGGUAAAGCUAAGGGUAGACCUGACAUGAAGACAGUGCUGCAGAUUUUAAGUCAGCUUCUACCCUUACCGUUCCCUCCCGACGACCAGCCACACACUUUGGACGACAAUGUAUAUCACCAUUUCGUAUGCAAUGGGGAGCAAGGCCCCAGCAUGCCCACAGAAGAUGAUGAGAUGUACAGUUCCCUAGAGAAACCCCACCCAGUGAGAGCCACAGUAGGAGCAGAGGGAAGCCCUUGCGAAUGCAGCCAGUCUGAGGUCACUUUUUUAGGCAUUAAAGAGCAAAGGAGGCAGGCUUCCAGCCAGUCUCCUCUGGACAACUUUAUUGAGAAUGCUGUUGUCCAACCGUCACAACCAGCCUUCAACCAGGAUGUGGACCUUUAUGGAAGUUGGCCUGUUGAAUGCAGCUGUGCAGCUGACGGGUGUGAUGAAGGGUGUGAGGAUUGCUGUGCUAAUGGAUUCACACAGUCACCAUUGUUUCUUUCUAGAGAGGACGUUGGUCAGUCCUCUCAAAGUGUCACAGAGAACCCUGCCAAAGAGAGGAUCAGGAACAAGAUUCAGCUCUACAACAGAGGCCUGAUGAAUACAGAGGAACUUCUCUCAAUAUCAUUGGAGUGAUGCACCAACUACUUGUCAGUCAAACUUCCAGUUAAUACUUAUAAAUACCUAAACAAAUGUCAUAACCUCAGUAGAAAAUACCACAUGAAUACCUCAUCGAAGGAUUGUGAUUCGGAUUCAGAUCAGUGUGAUUCCAGUGCUCAGACAAAACCACAGACAGUCGAAUUAUUUUAAUUAGUGAAUGAUGCCAUGCAUGCAUCUCGAGUUGCGCUAAAUAACAUUGCUUUGAGAGAUCUAGAGACUGAGACUUUGAGUGAUUGUCCAUUAGUCCUGAAACACUGCUUUGAGUCUGCAUGCCCACUAACUUACCUUUCAACAUGACUACCUAGCCAGCCUGCAUGCCUACUAACCGUUCUCUCAAUGGUUUUUCCUAUUAUAGUCUAGGGGAGUUUUUACUUGAUGCUGUCCCCUUUGGCUUGCUUGGGCUCACCUUGGCAUCAUUGGUCCAGUAUUUUGUAAAGCAGUUGCAAUGAAAAUAUUUAUUAUUAAUGCUUUACACACACAAAAAAAUAUUUAAAUGAAUGGAAUUGUACUGACCAGACCUGUAGUAACUCAAAACAAAAUGUAUAUACUUUUCUAUUUCUGGACUGUUAUUAUUCCAUGCCUUUAUUAGCUGUUAUUUCAUUAUUGGCAGAUGUUACAU